GGGCGGCGGAGCGCGGUGCGGUGGGGCCGAGCGGGCCGGGAGGGGGGGCCCUGAGAACGUCGUCAGGCUGUGAGCGGCGGAGCGGCGCUCCGUGCCGGCCUCCUCUGGGGCAGCCCGCGGGAGGAUGGUCUGUGCGCAGGUGGAGACGAGCCCGAGGCGGUGCUGGCAGAAGGUGCUGUACGAGCGGCAGCCCUUCCCCGAUAACUACGUGGACCAGCGGUUCCUGGAGGAGCUGCGGAAGAACAUCCACGCCCGCCAGUACCAGUACUGGAACGUGGUCUUCGAGUCGGGGGUGGUGGUGCAGCAGCUCUGCAGCGUGUGCGUCUUUGUUGUAACCUGGUGGUACAUGGACGCCGGGGUGCUGAGCCCGCAGGGGCUGUUUGGGGCAGCCCUGCUCACUUCUCUGCUUGGCUACGUCCUCUUUGAUGCUAUCGACGCCGGGGUCGGGCGGCAGGAGAGCGGGCGGACGCGGUGGGCAGACCUGAAGAGCACGCUGGUGUUCACCGCCUUCACCUACGGCUUCUCACCGGUGCUGAAGACACUGACGGAGUCCGUCAGCACAGACACCAUCUACGCCAUGUCGGCCUUCAUGCUCCUCGGCCACCUCAUCUUCUUCGACUACGGUGCCAACGCCGCCAUCGUGUCCAGCACGCUGUCCCUCAACAUGGCCAUCUUCGCCUCGGUGUGCCUGGCCUCCCGCCUGCCUCGCUCCCUCCACGCCUUCGUCAUGGUCACCUUUGCAAUGCAGAUCUUUGCCCUCUGGCCCAUGCUGCAGAAGAAGCUGAAGGCCCGGACGCCAUACUGCUAUGUGGGAGUGACGGCGCUGUUCGCACUGGCUGCCCUUGUGGGGCUGGCGAGCGUCUCCAGUGUGGGUGCUGUGCUCUUUGCCUCGCUGCUGCUCUCCAUCUCCUGUCUCUGCCCUUACUGCCUCAUCCGGCUUCAGCAGCUCAAGGACAACAUCCACGGGCCGUGGGAUGAGGCUGAAAUCAAGGAGGACCUCUCCAGGUUCCUCAUGUAGGCCUGGCCGUGGGGAAGCGGUGCCUUCUGCUGUGAGGGGCCUUUUUGGGGCACAGCUCCAAGGGGACACCCGACCCAAUAAAGACUCUCUCACUACAGCAGGGACUGUAUCAGUUUGUGCUGUGACUGCCCUGGGCUGUGGGUGAGUGGGGAGGUGCUGGCAGACCCAUGGCAGUAUUUCUGUCCAGCCACCAAGGCAGAGGAAUGGAGCGAGGUCUCUCUUCUUUCCUGUGGAGGGAUGUGGUCCCAGCAGUGGGCACCCAGGGGCCACCCAGCCCAGCCCCAGGGUGCUGCAGCAGUGAUGAGACCACUGCUAGUCCUUCCUCGCACUUACAUAUCUGGUGUCUGACUCCACAUACCCCACAGCAGAGGGUCCUCUAAGCAAAAAAGUCAAAGUGGAGGGCAUCUCCAGAUGAGCCAGCCCUGUGUUGUUUUCCAGAGGCAAGUGGUCCAGCAGAGCAUGGACUUGGCCAAAGGAGUAGCACUCUAGGCUUCCUGUUACCAGAGCCUUCCUGGUGCUGGGCAGGGUGCCGAAAGCACAGGGGCACGCACAGACCUGAGUACACUCACACAUAUCCUGCAUGUACAGCCACACUGCCAUGUCCAUCAGCAAAUACCAGCACCUCUGCAGACUGUGGGACCACAGCUGCUUGUUCCUGCAGUAUUUAUCCCUAGCAUUAAGAUAAGAGGAAGCACUGCUCCUUUCAAAGUAAGAGAGUCAGAUCCCUCCUAGUCCGGAGGCAGCACAAGGAGAUGUUUAAAACACCUAAUUUCUCCAGUAAGAUGUGAUACCAGCUUUGCAUGCAUGCUCAGGGAUGACGAAAGAUUACAGGGGCAAGGAGCCCUUCUGCUGCAGAAGUGCAGGUUUGAACCCAUUGAUUGAAUCCAUCAAGUGUGAAGGGGUUUUGCAGGCAAACAGCUCACACAGAGCACUGUUGUCUCAUCCCAGCAAGCAGGCGCUGGCUCCAUGAGCUUCUUAGGAAAUGAGCAGCCCACUGCAGAGCCCCCAACACCUCCAGUGCUUUGUUAUGACAACUUGCCAAGUUUUAAAUGUUGCCGUUGUUGUCAUGGAGAUGACUACAUCUCAUUUUGUUUUUAAUUAAAGAAAACCUGCAGAGGUUUAGAGUAUGUGCUCCAAGCUCACAGGGAGUGCAGAAUAGCCAGAUGCUCACAAUCAAGAUGACAUUUUCAGUUCUUCUGAAGAUUAUUUCUUCAUGAAGAGGUUUCCAAGAAAGUCAGUUGCUGGUGGCCAGGAUGCCCCAGUCUAUCAGACUUAUGCUACUGUAACACUGCCAUCCAUAGCAAUUCACAGAAUCCAUCUCUGGAUGAGGCUUCAGUAUGCUUGGAUCAAAUUUAAGAAGUCAAGUAACAGUUUGUCAAAGAAGCAAAUGAAAUAUAGCUUGCCUGGCUCGUGCAGUUAAUGUCUCUCUUGGUAGGGGCCAUGCUAUCUGCAGUCAGGUUUACUUGAAGUUGCUGCUGCACAAACACCUCUGUCCUCAAACUGUUGUUAACUGCCAUCCUAAACCUUUGCAGUUAUCAACUGCUGAUGCAUCUCAGACGUAGCACAGCCCUGACUCCAUUUUGAAUAUGCAGUAUCCAGGCUAACGGUGACAAAAUGGAGUGUGUAUAGGAGUUGUUUCAUCUCAGGCACAGCACUGUGAGGCUGGGGAGGCAGCUGUCCCUUGUCAGUGGCCCAAGGAGGUUGCAGGGAUCUGGUGGUUCAUUAGGUUAACGCGACUGGGGCAAGGUAGUCUUGGAGUUUUUGUUUUGAGCUUGGAUUUAUGACUACAAGAAAGGAUAGUUUCUGCUAGACCCAUUCACCUGAAGUGAAAUGUUUUCUAAAAAAAUUCUCAAAUCCAGACUCUUAAAAAACAGCUCUGGGUUAGGAAAAGUGCAAACAUCACUUAUCCAGUUAUGAUUCCAUGUGGCAAUGGGCACAGACUAGCAUGGCUCUGGGCAAUAACAGAGCUAGAAACACAUGGAGUAGCAGAAAAGCAGCGUCUCUUUGUUGCUACUCCAACAAAGAUUCACCUCAGAUGCUGAGAAGGACUCGGGGUGAUCCAGAGGCUGUGUUCUUCCCUUCACUGGAGCUCUCUAGUUGUCUGGAGCUGCUGUCCCAGUGCUGCUCGGUGCACAGCAAUCCAGCACACGCUGGGACAUUCCGGUUCUCUGCUCUGAUGUGGAAUGACCGUGUCCAGGACGAGGAGGAGACACUGCCUCAAGCUGAUGGAGACCUGUUGGGCAAGUGGAGGCCAGCAGUGGCAUGUGGUGUCUGUGUCGUCAUCACCUCAAACACAGCUGAAACCCAAUGGGCUUAUCUCUGGCAGUUUAAAAUUACUUGCAUUUGGGCCAGAUCCCUAGGCUUUGUUUGAUCCAGCACGCCACAUCUUCUUUGCUCCAGGCAGGGUGCAGGAUUUGUACAAAGCUUGCUGCAAGCAGUUUUAUCUCCUUAAGUUGCCACAGGCCUUUCUGCUCUGCCCAGCUCCUUCAGCUCUGCACUUUGCAACACUGCUGGAAUAAAUGGCUGCGAUAAAUAAAUAUAUCCUUAUGCCUGAGGUCAGAAUAUGCUGUACAGAACAUAAUGAUCUCAACUUACUGUUCAACUCAUCAGUAAAAUUGCACUUGCUACCUGAGAGUAUAGCUCUCUGGUUUGGACACACAAAGAAAUAGGUCCGUCUUGGUUUGCAUGCAACUGGAUCACCAUCAAGCAACUCUAAAGAGUUAAACAAUAUUUUGCAUCACAAGAAAGUGCAGUUUCUUUAUCUAAAGUUGCCAUUCCCAAGUCCACUGAGAUACAGUAUCUCAGCAGGACAUUUUCUUUUGAUUUGAAUCUGGCCCAAAUGCAAGUAAUUUUACACUGACCAGGGCUAAGCUGUGCUCCUGGGGGAGUCGCUGACACGUGCCGUCUGCAGUCUCCAUCUACAGCAUCUGCAGCAGGGAAAGGCAAGCGUCAGCCACCCACAGCAGGCACAACGGGCUGUCAGGGGCCCCUGUCCCUCCUCCUCGUGGGAGCACAGCAUCUGGGAAGCCUGGAAACAGUGAAGCUUUAGUCUUUGAAGGUAAGAUCUUUUUAUCUCUUCAGUUCCCACACUAAUCACUAGGCUUUUCUCUGCACAUCAUAUAGGUUCAUGCUGUGAGGAGGCCACAACAACAGAGUGAGCAGGAAACCAAAAGUGGCUUUUGGUCUGAAAUCAUCCUUUGAGAAAACCUAGGAUGCAUAAUGCCACCAGCUGGGGUACAGCACCCUCCACCUUCACCACCUCCACUCAGAGCAUAUGCCAGUGCAGAAUGGAAGAGGCACAGGGUUGAGGAGCUUCUUUAAAAAGUCACCCCGUGAGCUGAUACCAAAGCAUGUGCCAAAGUUUUCCAGCACAAAAGCUCCUGCACUCAUCACCAACACCUUCUGCAACCCAGCAGACUUUAAGAAGAGCUACCUGAAAACCAUGAAGUUCAGAGUCCCAUCUCCAACAGUAUUUUUAAUAAAUACUUCUGAAGAAUGUAAUCAUUUCUGUGAAAGAUUUAACACUAUAAAACACCCCUAAAAGAGAACUCUGUGCCUUACAGCACUGACGCCAGCUGGCAGAAGGAAAGCAGCAGCACUUUCUGGGUUGCUGUAGAUAAUAAGGCUCUAGAACUAAAAUAUCGGCCACUUUCUACCUGUUCCCCUCUCAGGACCUUGCCAUACUAUAGAGGUAAAGCAGUGAGUGCUGCCCCCAGGGCAGAACAAAUUCUUCAACAACCUAGAAAGAAAAAAAAAAAAAAAAGUAGCUUGUGAAAUUCAGUUUGGUCCAAUUCCCUCUUACCUGGGACGUGAAGCAAGGCCAGAACCUCUUGCCUGUUGAACAGCCUGCCAGGUACAAAUGCCACUUUCUGUACUCCUGAACUCUGCUGAGGGCUGUUUAGCUACUAUCUGAUGACAGCAAGUUCCACUGAUGAGAGAUGCAGCAAGGUAAAUCAGCCCCAACUAAGCAAUGUCAGGCCUGGUUUGAAACUGAGCACAGUCUGUGUGUUGUCAGGCUCCUUUUACACAUGAGACGAAUCUCCUCUACUAGUCUGCUCCCAGAGCAGCACUGUAGCAGCUUGCUCUUACUGUAGCUCUCCUACUACAAAGAAAUGCUUUGUUCGUACCUUUCAAAAAACAGGCUGGAAUCCUGAUGCUGCACUGUACCUCCACUUCAUGUCUGCGCAGUUCCCUCUGAUUUUUCAGUGUGGUUUGUGAGAUAUCCCUUCAUUGUUUUCAUGUGAGAAAAAAAAAUCAAUAAAGCCAUCAAUUUAAAACUU